UUUAAAUUUCGCACAACAAAUGGAGACUUGGCGGCACUCCGCGCCCAAAUCAUUCCAUUUUGGUUUGGAAACUGAGUUACCUUGCAUUGCAUAGAGCAACUGAAAGUCGACGCCGAUCAAAAUUUCGUUUAUUCUGCGCUUCGCUCGCCGAUCGGCUUCUUUGUGCAUCGCCCAAAGAUGGCCGUGUGAGCUUAAUCCCAACUGUUUAUCUCUAGGGCUUCAAAUGGCCUCUCACUCAGUCAUGGCUGGUGAUUCCAAUGGUAUCAGUAAUGCUCAGCCAGAGACCCGCAUGCCCGACCCGCAAAGGGCCUACCAAAUUGUUGUAGCUGCGACUCGCAGUUUGGGUAUUGGCAAAGGCGGGAAAUUACCUUGGAAAUUGCCAUCAGAUUUGAAGUUCUUCAAGGAGGUUACUGUGACUACGUCUGAUUCUGGGAAAAAGAAUGCUGUCAUAAUGGGUAGAAAGACUUGGGAGAGUAUCCCUCUUCAAUAUCGCCCUCUUCCUGGCCGCCUCAAUAUUGUUCUUACUCGUUCUGAGAGUUUUGGUGUUGCCGCUGCUGAGAAUGUUGUGAUAUGCAGGAGUUUAAGUUUGGCCCUGCAAAUGUUGGCAGCUUCUCCUUAUUGUUUAUCAAUUGAGAAAGUCUUUGUUAUAGGAGGUGGUGAGCUUUUCAGGGAGGCCCUUAAUGCCAAUGAAUGUGAAGCCAUUCAUAUCACUGAAAUCGAGACAGAUGUUGAAUGCGAUACUUUUAUCCCUGCAAUUGAUACACAUGUAUUUCAGCCCUGGUGCACUUCAUUUCCUUUGGUUGAAAACAAGCUUCAAUACUCUUUUACCACUUAUGUUCGUGUGCGGAAUUCCAGUGCAGACCUUCCUAUCCAGAACAAUGAUGCAACUCCUGACAAUGGCUUAGAUCUCAAUAAGUUUGAAUUUAAAACAUUCUCAUUCUUGCCUAAGAUGAUUUUUAAGAAACACGAGGAACACAUGUACCUAAAACUGGUUGAGGAGAUUAUUGAAAAUGGAGCCUCAAAGGAGGACAGGACUGGAACUGGUACUUUAUCAAAAUUUGGUUGCCAGAUGCGUUUCAAUUUGCGGAAGUCUUUUCCACUUCUUACAACAAAGAAAGUAUUUUGGAGGGGUGUUGUUGAAGAACUUUUGUGGUUCAUCAGUGGCUCAACAAAUGCUAAGCUUCUUCAAGAGAAGGGCAUUCAUAUCUGGGAUGGAAAUGCAUCAAGAGACUACCUUGAUAGUAUUGGUUUGGUGGACAGGGAUGAUGGUGACUUAGGACCUAUAUAUGGAUUUCAGUGGAGACACUUCGGUGCUAGCUACACGGACAUGCAUGCUGAUUACACUGGCCAGGGAUUCGACCAAUUGUUGGAUGUUAUCAACAAGAUCAGGAACAACCCAAAUGAUAGGCGUAUCAUUCUUUCUGCUUGGAAUCCCUCUGAUCUCAAAUUGAUGGCACUUCCUCCUUGUCACAUGUUUGCACAAUUUUUUGUAGCUAAUGGUGAGCUAUCCUGUCAAAUGUAUCAACGCUCUGCAGAUAUGGGUCUUGGGGUGCCAUUUAACAUUGCAUCUUACUCAUUAUUGACAUGCAUGAUUGCCCAUGUUUCAGGCCUUGUUCCUGGUGACUUUGUUCAUGUCAUUGGCGAUGCUCAUGUCUACAGAACUCAUGUCAGGCCUCUGCAGGACCAGCUUCAGAAGUCACCUAGGCCAUUCCCAAUACUGAAGAUCAAUCGGGAAAAGAAGGACAUAGAUUCCUUUGUUGCUUCUGAUUUUAAGCUCAUUGGCUAUGACCCUCACCAUAAAAUAGAAAUGAAGAUGGCAGUAUGAAGUUCUGUGUUCUCUAUUGGGGUGAAACGACUUGCAGCCUCUCUUCCCUGCAAGAUGUUAUACUCCUUAUCUUGAGGCAAGUGUCUAUAACCUCUGUUCUCUCAUUUUCUCUCUGUUGACUUCACACUCAGAGAAAUUCUUUCAUGGAGUACUUAGAACAAUUUAAUAGCUCUCCCUUUUUUUUUGCUACUGCUAGUUGUUUUAUACAUUACAAAUCUCCUUAGAAUUCCAUAGCUUGCUCUUCCAUAUUUAUUGACAGAAUAUUGGCGCUCUUGAUUUCUGAAUAUUGGCUCUUAUUUGACUUGCUUGACA